AGUACUUGAUGGAUGUUCGCACUCGAGGAGCUUCAGAAGUUCGUGGAAGACGACAAUUUAAAACUGUCUCUGAAAAUUGAACCAGGGAACAGCUCGCCGCGCAUGGCCACAUCCAAAGAAGAUCUCGCAGGUCCGUCUGAGUUGACUUUAUCGGUCAGGUAUAAUCGACGGCCCACUUGCCCUGAUGCCACCAUGGGGGUGCAUUUUCCCACCCCGCCGCCCUCACGCCACAGGAAGAGCCACAGCCUUGGAAACACUAUGAUGUGGCAUUUCGGUGUGGUGGAGAGUAAAAGUGCGACGUUCCCCACAGAGAAACCACGUCACCUGCUGGACGACAGCUUCCUAGAGUCCCAGAGUCCAGCGAGGAACAACCCACACAGCUCAUCCGUGUCCAACGGCAUCUCUAUAGGCAGCAGUCAGAGUUCCUUCUGUGAUGAUCUUUCUCCAGGGCUCGAGAGGGGCCGCAUGUACGCGACUCUGGGCCCUAACUGGAGGGUUCCUCUCCGCAGCUCCCCCAGAGGCAGCAGCCAUGCCCACAGUCCGUCAGUAGCAGAGCCCAGUCUGGCUCACGGAGAGUCAGGCGGAGUCACGAUGCAGGGACCGCUGAAGAGGAAAACCCUGCUGAAGGAGGGCAGGAAACCAAAACUCUCCUCGUGGACGCGGUAUUGGAUCACACUUUGUGGUUCCACUCUCUUAUUCUACGGAUCCAAAGCCCUGCGAGCCACAGAACGGAAACAUUACAAGUCUUCGGCGUGUAAGAAAGUGUGUGUUCUGGGCUGGAUGGUGGUGCUGCCGGAUGAUCCGACUCAACCCAACAUCUUUCAGCUCAACCAUCCUGACAAAGGGAAUGUUUACAAGUUUCAGACUAGCGAUCGGUUCACUGCGAUCAUGUGGCACAAACACCUGGAGGAGGCGUGUCGGAGAAGAAGACCUCAGAUACCAGCGAAUCUCAUGUCGUUUGAGUAAACAGACUUGUGUAACUCUUGCCUGAAGACAUUUAUAAAGUGCCAAAGGCCUACAGAGAUCGAGAAGAUCGUGUUUGGUUCAGCAAAAGGACAAAGAAAGAGCAAAAACCCUUCAAUGCUGAAGAGUCCACUGAACCACUGGCCCUCCAUGAGCCCCACGGACACACCUAACAUCAGGAUGUCUGUUACAGAGCCGGACCGGAGGUUUGCACACUAGUAUGUGGUACAGUAGGAAGGCAGGUAAAUCUGGUCCCUUCCAGCUCCAUCAGGUCUUCUCAAUGGAGACUUUUGGAUCUUAAGGAGUUUGUGUGGCUUCAGUGAAGUACAUUAUGGGAAUUAAAUUAAACCGAAGCUUGAGAUAGGUAUUUUUGUGCUGAUAUAAGUGAGUUUCAGUGUGAAAGAGAACUCAUGCCACCUGUAGCAUAAGAAUAAAAGCCAAACUAACAGGCAUUUGCUCCUACAAAGAGCCGUAACAAACAAACCACAGCUAGAUCAGAAAAAAAGAUGAAGACCUAAACCGUUUAGUUACAGACUAAUGAUACCGUGAUUUUGAUUUCUGGUUAAUGUUAUGAUGUGAUGAUGCCGGUUGAAGGAGGUUUGUGUGACUCUCUGACAUCAGGGAUUCUGAAUCCACUUUCUGUUUUAGUCAUUUUAUACUCGUGAAAGCUUCUUUUGGGCUUUAAGUAUUAACAAAUUAUUAGGCCUUUCCUGUCAAAUGAAGGUUUUGCUCACAACUUAAACCAGCUGAAAUAUGUUGUGCAAAAGCAAAAGGUUUGGGUUUGUCACAUCUGAUAGGGUUCCUUCCUUGUACAUUAAAGAGACAAUACCAUUUUUAUAACACAAGCUUAUUUUCCAUUCAGCCCAUCAUACAAAAACAAGAACUGCUUUGAUGAUGAACUUUUUUGAUAUUUUGGAAAUCCUAAACAUUCACGCUAACUUGCCGGGCGAAUCUCAAAAAACCUGUCAAAAACUUGUCCGGGUCAUAUCUUACCCCAAAAUGAAUAGAACAAAAUGAGUUUAAUAAUAUUUUGCUUAAAGGAAACUAAGCCUAUUUUUAAUAUUUUUUGUGUUUUGUCAUUAUUUUCAUGACAAUCAAACACAUUUAACCCUUAAAUUCUCAUUACUCUAAUACAAACAAAAUCACAUUAUUUAAAUUUUGAAUAUUUAUAUUUCAUAGUCAUAUUUAUUGAACUUCCUUUAAUUUAUGCAUAAUUGUUUUUUUUUAUUAUUGCACUUUUUUAUUUUAAUACAGUUAAACUGUGCUUAAAAUGUACUUGAAAAUAAUGUCACAAGUUUGAAAAAAAUACAUAAGAAUUGGUUCAAUUUUCUUUAUUCAAAACAAUUCUUUUUUUGUUUAUUUUUUGAUCUUUGGUGUGACAUUUUUAUGAGGUUUAUCCUGUUGCAUGCAUCAAUGCUGCCGAAUGCUUGAAUAUAUGCAAUGACGUGGAACUGAAAGAAUAUUGAUUUUGAAGAUAUAUACAGUAUAUUUAUAUAUAUAUGUCUGUUUUUAUCAGUUCAGCUGUGAAUGUGUAACGUCUGACCACAGCUAACAAUGCCGGUUUGAGAUGCUCAUUCAAAUCGAGUGAAAGAACAGCACUGUAGUUUUCUGUCAUUUAUUUCUCAUACUUCAUUCUGUGCAGGACUGAUGGUUGUAAUGAAGUUUGCUGAUGAUGUGUGUGUUUUAAGCACAUUUGUCUUUGAAUGAAGUUUAACUCUUAUAGAGCUGCUGUGCGUCUCACUGAAAGAGAAAUGACUCUCCAUCUGUAAUACUGAACACACAAUCCACACACAGAAUCUCACACAUUCAGAUCAGCUUCAGAAAUCAGAUACCAAACUGAAUUAGAGGAAUCAUUCACUCCAGAAUGAAAUUUGUCAUUAUUUACUCCCUCUCGUGUCAUUUGAACCCGUUUGAUGAUUUAUUGUCUGUGAAACACAAAAGGAAAAAUUUGAGAGUUUCUUCGUGCAACUUUUUCCUUACAGCGACAAUGAAAUUGAUUUCAAAAACAUAAAAGUAAUCCAUUUAUGUCAUUCAAAUCAUAUGACUUCAUAAUAGAGUUUUGCAUAUACUGUACUUCUACCUGAAAUAUUACUGGUUUUUUUAGUUUAAUAGUGGGUCACAAUGACCUUUAACAAGGAAAAAUUUGCAUAAACAUUGUUUAAAACUCUUGAUAGUGAUUGCUUGUCUUUGUUGAGAGUAUUAUUUAUCUAGCAUCAGUUUUGCCUUUCUGUAUAUGAAUUCAGCUUUAAACAGGCCGCUGUUUUUGUUGAAGACGAAACACACACAUGUACAGCUGCACUGCAUGUAUGUUAUGUUUGUUUGUGCUGGAACUGUGAAUGAACUUGUUGUGUUGCCAUGUAAAUAUGAUGCUAAAUUAUUUCUUGUUUGCCAUCGUGGUACAUUGCGGUUUAUCAGCUAAAAGGCUGUACAAACAUUAAAUUCCAGUGAACACACUA